AUGUCGAGUCGUGUUCAAAAGGGUGGGCCUGUCUUCAGACCCGUUGUGAAGUCUCGAUCACGCCCUACACCUAGCCAGCCUUCCCAGAUUUCAAGUUCUCAACCCCAGUUGGACCCUCAGACUUCUGCUCACCAUGCGUCAUCCAUGCCGCCACCUGCCAUUCAUAUCCCUGAUUUAGACACCAGCAGCAUCCCAAAAAUCCCGGACAUCUCAGGCGACAGCCAACAUCUUGUUGACAUCCCGGGAGAGCGCCGAGGACUAUCUUUACCUCCAGCAAUACGAUCAAGUGUACCACCUUCUCUUGUUGCUCAUCCUUCACCAAUUCUGAAUACUACAUCAACCGAGUCAAAUGCUCUCCUCGAAGCGUCGAUUCCAAGCAAAGUUCAUCCCAAUUCUACCUCCUCCUCGGAAGUCAAGGUCAAUAUCCAACCCCGUCGCGCAAUAGGUAGAAGAAAGUCGAGUGGUACUACAAAAACAUUAGUCGCUCACAAUGAAGACCAAAAUUCCAUUGAGAGACCAAAAAGAAAGCGGACCACGCCGAAGGUAAUGGACACUGAUCAGGUGGAAGGAGAUGGAAGGCCAGUCACCAGUGUCUCUAUUCGUGGUUCACGUCCCCCUUCGUUGCCCCCGUACGAUGCCGACGCCAACCCGGGAGAAGACAUCGACCCAACAGUCGUGACAAUGGCAGCCCUCUGCACCGACUCUGGCCAAGGUCGCGUUAGCAGCAAGGCUGCAGAAAUCUUGAAUAAUCACGCUUCUUGGAAGGCUCAAAAUCGAGAAAAACGAGCGCGUAUGAGAUCUCUGAUGGAAGCAAAAAAAUAUGGAAGAGACGAGGAUGGGGAUCAUCAGGACACUCCAACAUCAAAUUCCAUACCUGCGUUACCAGAGUCUUCCGAUCCCCCUGAACCGAUCAUUGAGAGAGCGCCAAGCAAUGCACUGAUUGUGGACGAUACUGGGCAUGGGUUUGAUUACUCUCAAAAUAUGGCAACAAGCCGAUAUAACGUGCAAGUACGCAUCGGACCGAAUGGCGAGACGAUUAUAGAUGAAGAGUCCCUUGUCGUUGAUCGUGCUGAUGCUGACGAAACGGAAAACUAUACCCACGUUAUUGAGUCAGACCAUACGAAAUUUGUCAAUUCUGGGACAUACGGCAAGCGAUACCGUGGCUCACGAUGGAGUGUAGAAGAAACAGAACUCUUUUACGAUGCUCUUGCCCAGUAUGGUGAAAACUACGAGCUGAUCGCUUACAUCUUGCCUGGCCGUGAUAGAAAGUCUUGCAAAAACAAGUUCAAAAUCGAGGACAAGAGGAACCCUGCGAGAAUCAAUCACUGCCUAAACAAUAGCAUUCCUGUCGAUAUGCAAAUGUUGGCACGUAUGACGGGCAAGGAUUUUUCAGGCCCUAUUCCCGACAUCCUUGCACCGACCCCCACUCCGAUUCCUCCUCCCUCUGUUGUCGAAGACGCGGAAGCUAAAGUACCUUCAAGUUUUGUAAAGAAAAGGCAGCAUAGUAAAAAGCGGACUUCUAGUGAUGCAGUAAUUGUCGGUAAUGUAGAAAACUUCGAAGAAAUUUAG